CUAUUUACAUAUCGCAUUGUUACCAACUCUACUCGCAAUUUGGAGAUGAAAGUUAGGGUUGUGUGCAGGAAAAUCUACGACUACAUCCGUUAUGAUCUCAAAGAAAUUGCUUUUCCUUCGUCUUUGCCUGACCCUCCUCACAUAAAAAAGCGCCCCAAAUUGACAUGGGAGCAGCGUAUCUGGGUGUUGAAGAGAGCUACUAGGCUUUACGCUGCAAGCUGGGUUCGUGACAUUGGUCCUGAUCUUCGGCCAAAUGAUUAUAAGAAGGAUGAAAUGAUGGAUGAGCCAAAUGGAGAAAAGAAAACAACUGAAGUAAAAGAACCCUCAACUUUGGAGGAUCUUGCUAUAGCUGCCAAAGGGGGAAUGGAGACUCUUAGACCUGCUUUGCAGCGUGUGUAUAUGACUAGAGCUUCUGCAUAUAGAGAUGCUCUUAAAAGUUUUAUAGAAGGGUACCGAGAGGGUCUACAGUAUGGAAUGAAGAAUAAGGAAGAUUCCAAAACCCAAGAAGAUGUUGAUGUACCCAAAAAAUCAACUUGAACCUGCUCGUAGGAGACAAUGUGUUAUUUUCUCUUGCAGAUCCACCAGUCAUUUAGACCCAGGCACACAGCUUUGCAGAAAUUUGACAGUCCUCUUCAAUUUAGGAUUUUGAUGUACACUGUAUUCAACAGAUAUAAUUGAAUAUUCCUAAAUAAUUGGUGUAUUUGGGGUACUAAUCAACUUGAGGUAGUCCUGAGGUUUGCUUUUGCAAAUUUUGUUACCAAGUUUUAAUUUUUUUUAGUUUUAUUUGUGAUGUUAAUGGUAUGUUUGUUCAGCAAAUGGUAGCAUUACCACAUGAUGCCAUGCUUCGUUAACAGCUAUAGCAAAUGGUAUAUUAUAUCUAUCAUUAUUUGGAA